AGUGAAAGUGCUCGAUCCAGAAGGCGUUCUAAACGGCGUGACAUCAAGAAGCAAGGCUCCGUUAUGUACUCUUAUUUUGGCUCAAAGAUCAACGAAGGGUGAGUUAAUUUGAUCAGCUUUCCAUUUCUCACGAUAUUUCCUUCUAUGAACAUUGCCGAUCUUAGCAAUCAAACAGAACAAAACUAAUUUUAAAUGAAGAGGCCGACAUCGGGAAGUCCUAUACAGAAGGGUUCGCAAUUAAAAAUAGAAAAUAAAAGUAACAUUAACAUAAAUAACAAACAUUGAGUGUAAAAAAGUAAUCAACUAUCAGUAAAUAAGAAUAAAGGGAAAUCUGUUACUAAGGUAUUUAAAGGGCCCUUCAAAAUAUUAUAAGCAGACGCACAUUAGCGUCAUUGCAAGAGUUUAGAAAAACAAUGUAGUGUUCGUAAGGAGUUAUGCAAAAAGUACCAUUUUUCUAUAGAGGGUAAGCGAAAGGGUAGUCUGCUACACAGCCGUUUUUAGUGUGAGGAGCGUUGUGUGACGACACUAAAAACGGCUGUGUAGCAGACUAGCGAAAGGGAGACCUUAUCUAAAACUGGUAUAAUAACAGGGAAAGAGACAGAACCUCUGGGCGAAGCGUUCCCGUGAAAACAUUUUUUAAGUACAUCCCCAAACCCCCUAGUCUCCCUCGCAGCCGUUUUUUGGAUGUCACGCAACGUUGCGUGACAUCCAAAAAACGGCUGCGAAGGAGACUACAAGCCCUCUAGCUCCCCUCAUUGAUGAACAUUUCGAAGUUUCUUGUGCGUACCUUGACGAAAAACGUUAUGGUUAUUAACACAAGUAUUCAAUGUAAUGAAAGAACUACACCCCUUACAACUUGUUGUUGUUUUUUUUUUCACCCAACGACCUUAAGACAUUUUGUGGUGGAUUUUAGUGUUAAUUCGUUUUACUGUCUAUUUAAGAGGUUAUUGUCUACGUACCUGAAAAUGUUUUUAAGGGUGUUAGUGGUGAAAUUGCCGGGACGGAAGGGUUCGACUCACGUCAUAACUAUACGAAGGCAUGGCAGUCUAAGAUCUUAACUAAUUAAAAUUGUUUUCUCAACCUUAGGUCUGUGUCUUUUCCAAACUCUAUACGAGAAGAAGCCGAAUUUGAGGGCGAUCCUACACUAGAACUUAUAACGGACGAGAAAGCGCAAGAAAUGGAAAGACCGGCCUGGGCCCAAAAAAUAUUGUCCGCCGUUCAACCUAAAGGUUAGCAACGUUCUUAACCCUUUUUUGACGAUGGCCAUCAUGUAUCUAAAAAAACCACAUUUUUGACCCUCCUUUUUGGACUGCUUUUUUUGUGGCCAGUUAGAAUGGAAAGGGCUGAAAGAGAGAUUUCCAACACAAAGGGCAUCACUUCUGCCAACUGAAUGUAAUUAAAACACUUUUUUUUGUGCUAUUGACACGACUUCUCUGUAGCUUUCCCGUGAAAGGCCAUAUUUUACUUCGAACUUUUAUGGUUAAUGAAAGCCUGGCGAAGAGAACUUGGUUUGAGGUUGGCGUUCAUUAAGUCUUUCACUUUUCCGUCGUUGUAACAGCGUUGUUCCAUGAUUACCCCAAUUAAACAACGUAGUAAAUAUUUUCAGAAGCUGCGAUCGAGGACAAAGAAGGCCAGUUGAAGGCUAGUGAUGAAGAACUUGAUGAGGAUGUGUUUAGAAAAAGGAAAGCUGAGUUAAUAUCCGGUGCAAGUAAGUGAUAACGUUAGACUUUUGUACUCAGGAGUCCUUUUAUUUGUGUGAAGCGUAUACAAACAGAAGUAUAUAAACAGCUUCUAUCAACAUGUGAACCAAGUAACGAUCAACGCCCGUGGACUCUGAAGUAGACUGCAGGUUGUCUCGUCUCUUCUUUCAAAGUUAUUGGGGGUUUCUUGCGUAACACGCGAGAAGUGAGGGCGGUAGCGGGGAGGUCGCUCUCGUUUCUCACAGCCGCUCGUGUAUUUCGUGAACAAAAAUAAAAACAAACUCAAACGAUAUCCUGUGGACAUAGCCUAAGAUCGCACUCUAAUUAUAAGGGGGAAAUGAAACUCUAUGGCCGGAUUCGUUGCUCUUGUUUUUAAGCUUCACUUUUCUUUGUUUCCUGUUAAUGUGGUUAUGUAGGUCCAGCACGCGGCAGAUUACAAGAAGUUAGAGAAGAAUCUGACAUGUCUUUGUCCACUGAAGACAUAAGUGACGGGAAUGGCAGCGCAUCUGAUGACAGACCUUCCUCUCCACGUGCAGCUCCUGUUGGCAAAGAUAACGAAAUGUGUCGCGCAGUAUCCGUAAGUAGAAUUGAAGCUUUACACUACCUAACAUUUAAUUACAUUUUUCUGGACAGAAGGUCAGCAAGGUAAACUCCGGAUCUCAUUCACCCUGCUGCCAUGUUCUUUUACGAUUUUUACCACUGCAGGGGCGGAUCCAGGAUUUUUUUUAGGAGGGGGUGCACUCGUCUCUUGCUCUACUUCAACACCAAUAAACCACAUAGUUUUUUUUUUUGCAGAAUACCAGUUGUAUUAGAAAACCGCAGGUCAUCUCUGCACCCUCCCCCUAGAUCCGCCCCUGCACUGUCGUAGUUACUGAUAGUAAUGUUAGGUGACAUGUAGUGACAUGUUACGUGAAAAUGUUUUAAAAAAGGGAUUUUUCAUAUUAGUCUAAAUGAGACAGCAUCAUUACCCUCAACCUCAUUUCCACGGUUCUCUCGGGGGUGGAGUAUGAGAGAAACCUUGGAAGGAAGUUGCACAGUCAUCUACUUGCUUCUUACUAUGAAUUUAGUUUGGGACGGAAAAUUAGACCCAACUUUAGUUUCGCGCGAUGACUUGUGCUGUCCAAUUACAUAGGCAUGGCUCGUACUUUACAUGAUCACUUAUUUUUUGUAUUAAUUUUGCACCCUACAGCAGGAUAUGAGUGAAGCUGGUGUAUCAGUCGUUAGUGAAGCAUCCACUCCAGAGAGAGUGUUCAAAGUGGUUUUUGUCGGUGACUCCGGUGUUGGCAAAUCUAGUUUUAUUCACCGGUUUUGUCACGACACAUGGAAACCCUCAUUCACCGCAACCAUAGGUAAAUAGAGUAAGAAAGUAAACAAAUACAAGAGGACUCUCAGCUUUAACACCAGUAUUAGGUAUUUAUUUGAAAACGCUUAAGGGGGGAUUACAGUUAAACGCCUUGUUUGUAUUAUACCUGAGUAAUUUUCCUUGAAAAUGUAGUAAAAUGUCAUUCGAUUUUAAGAAUUAAGCACUCUUCCUAAAGUUCUUGGAGCGAUGACUUUUUUAGAAUAUUUUGGUGAUUAGUAGAGUAUUUGUAAUCAGUAAAAGUAUGAAGGGCAAAUGUUAAAAUUUAUGGAAAAUGAGAAAAUAUUGGAUUUAAGGGUACUUAAAAAUCAAAAAUUUGGAGUGAAUAAUUAAUAGACAAAGACCUGACAGUCCGCCACCACAACAAGGUGGCCCUGACUGGUUUACGUGUAUACCCUCUUCUAUCCUUCUUUCUUUCAUUCUCAAUUCAACCCCAAUUCCCCCAAAAUUCAACUGUAACCCCCCCCCCCCCUUAAAAUGGGCCUGUUUUAUUGACAGUUGCCUGUCAGAGCAUAAAAAACGUCUCCUAAAUCAUUUACAACUUUAAGCUUAAAUGUUCUGUUUUUUGUCUUUUGACCAGAGCUCAAAUAUUCUUGUAUUUUUGCCAGUCCACCAAAGCAGAAAGCGAAGCAUGAUCGCCAAUAAAGAAGGAUCAAUUUAGGUUUUGGGAAACUGCCCACCUACCCCUCCCCUAAGUCAACAUUCAGCCCUAAGUGAGAAGUAAGUGUUAAUGUUAGCUUAGGGGAGGGGUAGGUGGGCAGUUUCCCAGAACCUAAAUUGAUCCAUAAAGGACUUAGGUGUCGUGUUAUAAGAUUUGUAUUUUAUGUUUACACUUGAUUUUCAAAGGGAAAUGCUGCGUUUAUGUAAGGAAAUUAAUAUUACAAAACCUUUCGGCAUACCUUCCCACCACGAAUAUUAUAAACCUUUCCAUGUGAGAAAGAGGUCUGUAUAAUGCAAAGUCGGGCACUGAGUAGCCGGAUAUUUGGCCUUCGCCGAAGACCAUCCAGCCUUACCUAGCCUGAGAAAACAGCCGAUAUUUGGCGACGCUACCACUGGUUUGCCCGCCAAAUGACGUAUGAGAAACGAGCGCAGAAAUUCCAUACUGAUGAAGCGUUACUACGCAGAUCUGGGUAGUGCUUCUGAUUGGUCGUGCCGCGUGGGAAAUUUGAUUUAACCAAUCAGAAGCACUACCCAGAUCUGGGAAGUGACGCGUCAUCAGUAUAGAAUUUCUGCGCUCGUUUCUCAGAAGUCAUUUGGCAGGGAAACCAGUGGUAGCGUCGGCAAAAGUCGGCUGUUUUCUCAGGCUAAACCUUUCCUUGUGACCUUAAUUUCAAUUGCUUUCUGUUUCAGGUGUCGACUUCCAAAUCAAGACCAUGAAUUUAGAGGGCAGAUGUAUUGCACUUCAGCUCUGGGACACCGCUGGGCAAGAAAGGUACUCAUUAGGUUUUCAGACAAAAUAGCCCUGUUGUAGGCGUUCAUACAGUAGCCUGUGAACGCAGCCAUAUUCCGGUUGUCGCUUCUCUUCACCCGAAGAUUUUGACAAAACAUUCCAUUCCCGAUACGAACAACUUGCCCUGAUAUAAUCACAAGGCCCCAGCUGUUGAAAAGGCGGAUAGCGCUAUCUAAUAGAUAAAUUUUUAUCCUACAGAUAAGGCAGUUGCCUUCCAUAAAACGUAUCCGCUGGAUAGUGAAUUAUCCGGUGGAUAGCGCUAUCCAAUGUUUGAACAACCGGGGCCAUUUGGUUUUACGUAUCCAACCAGAACAUAAUGCAUUAUUGAGAUCUAUAAAAUCGGCCAGUGAACGCGCAGGUUUUGCCUCGUUAUUGUACCGUGUCAGGAAAAAUUUAGCAAUGACGACGGCGGCGGCAUCGAGAACUUCAAAAACGAAAUAGAUUCGAUCAGCAAGGCAACCAAUCUGCACGUGUGUCACCUUUUUUGGUGGUUUAAUUUGCCUCGCACUCGCUCUUACUCUUUACAAACUUGGGUACGGCCCCCAAGGAUUCGAAUCCAGGAAAAUUUACCAGCAUUUACCCACUGAAAGAGUUGUAAUUAUCCCAACUUAGUUUAAAAUUUCACAAUUUCUUUUUUUAGCGACGUUUCGCUACCGCCGUCGUUGUUGAGAUCCAGUCGAGUUAUUAUGAAACAAAUUAAAUUUCUUCUUCUCUUAUUUACGUUGCAGAUUCAGAAGUAUCACAAAACAGUAUUUUAGAAAGGCAGAUGGUGUCAUUGUAUUUUAUGAUGUUACCAUGGAGACGUCCUUUUUAAACAUCAAGAACUGGAUGAUAAGUGUCGAGGUAAUAAGAUGUUUAAAACAACAGCAACAAGCAAACAAAAAAGUUUCUCGAUUUCAUUUUACUCUUAUAGGCCUGUGUUUCAUGAACUUCCAUCCAAGCUAGUCGGUUAAAGUCGAAUUUUUCCUAUCGGAAAUUUCGAUAAUACCGACCUCGCCUCUCCAUUACAGACAGUUCUUUUGAUCCCAAUGAUACCAAACUGCAUACAGUCCCUACCUCUCGAAUUGCUCGUUUCGGCCAUGUUGGUGGGGAAGAGCCAAGGCAUAACUAAACUCCAUUAUUUACCAAACAUUUGUCGAGAGAAAUUUUGUUGUAUAGACCACCAAAAUGGCCGCCUUGUCACGUGGUUCCAACUACGAAUGAGGACACGGCCCUGUGUACCUUUCGUGUCCAUAUUGAGGAUUGGGGUCAGUUGACUUAGUAUAAAACGCAUGUACAAACAAAAAGACCGAUACAACCUCUAUUGGUUAAAAAGUGUUGAUGUAGAUUCAAUGCAAUGCAAAAAUCCCAGUUCAGUAGUUAUGACUUCCAACGAGACAAUCCAGGGGUAAUUUUACAAUCGGAAAACUCUUCUCAGACUCCUCUCAAUGUAACCUGUUGUAGGCCCUAAGAUAGUAAUGUGCGGAGAUCGCGAAGACUAAUGCUCAAAACGCACAGGGACCAGGGAGGCCUUUCACAGGUGGCUUUCUAUUAUGGCAGUCUCCUUGAUACCAGAAAACCAAACUUUAUACAAUCUAUACCUCUGUACCUAUACCUCAAUGUGGACACUUGGCACUGUCGCUCUGGUAUCAGUCCGUAUAAAGAAAGUUUGACUGAAGUGACAAGCAUCAGAUUGCAUUUUUUAAACAGCAUGUUUUACUCAAACAUGAAGGUCGUAAUGAUGAUUGAUUAUGAAACAAAUUCUAUCCAUCAGGCCCCAGUUGUUCAAAGAUUGGAUGACGCUAUCAUUUGGAUAAAUUUCAAUCCACCGGAUGGCGCAAUUGUUUCUACUAAUACUUAUCCGCUGGUUAGUGAUUUAACCGCUGGAUAGCCCUAUCCAAUGUUUCGACAGCCAGGGCCAGUACCAUAAAAACUGCGCGGGGAACGGUAUGGGAAGGUGUAUAUUGAUAUUACGGCUAAGAGUUUUGAAACUGUUUUCUGUAUUCUUUUUGCAGGAAGGAACAGACGAUGGAACAGCGAUUAUGAUCGUUGGUAACAAGGUUGAUCUCUACGAGGAAGAUAGCGAGAGACCAGUUACAACUCAAAAUGGAAAGAAAUUAGCAGAGGUAUGAAUAAUGCUUGUCUUUGAUAACUUAACGGAAUAUUUCGGAAUGACGGUUGAACUGUGCUUGCACGACGGCGUUGUUCAAGAAACGUAUUUGGUGACCUGUGUCGCAUAAGUACCAACUAUAGUGCUUUUACACUGCCGUCCUCUGGAAAGAAGGUUACUUAUGCAGUUUAGCCAAAUUCGGCCAUAAAGACCUGACCGCCAAACUGAGCGAAAUAGAAAAAUAUCCCUUGAAAAACAUUGUUAAGGAAGUAAAGGAACAAAGCUAAUUCAAAAGAAGCCAAGGAAGGACAAAAUUUAAGAAGAACAAAGUGGUUUGAAUUUUGGACUUUUAAAUACGUACAUUCCAACCUGUUUAUCUCUGUUUGUUUGUGAUCUGUUUAAAUCAGGAGAUAUGCGUGUUUGUUAUGAGGCUGUGAUUUUCUAAUUUAGGAGCUAUUUCUUUGCUGACGUUAAAUUCCCAGCGAGCGAUUGGCAAAAUUAAGCAAAAUAGGCAAACCUUCAGUGACACACGCUCUUCAACUCUUUGAUGAUAGGCAAAGCUAAUCAAGGAAAGUAAACACUGCGAGAAACUUGGACGCUUUUUUAUUUCCUCCUCAUUGUUACUGUUUAUCGAUUUUUUUAUUAAUCAGUUGGGUUCCUCAUGUUUGGUGGAAACAAAUGUCGACUACUUGGCUUGUAUUGCUAUUUCCAACUUAGUAUUACUGUUUUAAGUACUGCAGUUGACACUGUUUGUUGUUUUGUAGGAGUACAAAGCCUUGUAUACAGAAACAAGCGCUAAAACCGGUUACAAUAUCCAAGAAUCGAUGGCAGAAUUUUCCAAGUAAGUAACCAACAACUUACAUUAGAUGAGCGAAAACUUUUCUCUUCCAUUACGUAGCAUGGGCCUUGGCAAAAAGCCAUUUUUUCACUCUCGGGGCGGCAAGACGACUCCGGUACCGAACUUUUCGGAUUUGUCACGAAUCCGGGAAAAUUCCCAGGCUAGUAUAGCCUAUAGCCUUUAUCAACCAACCAAUCCUGUGGCCCGAAGAUGUAAAAUAUUCGCGUGAUUGAUAGCCCAGAGUGGUUAUCGUGGUUCAGAUUUUAUCACAGUCAUCUGAAAGCUAAGCCACUUUAGUUGUUAUGCCCGUUGAGAUUUACUUAAAUGAAGCAGCUAAAGAGAAGUGAAUAUUUUUCGGAUAGACUCGAAAGUUCUAACCCUUUCAUCGCAUUUAUCUUCAGAAUGUUGCAAGUUCGUGAAGAUGAGUUAAUGCAGAGUGUGCUGAACCUUGUUCCAGAACAACCCAACAAGAAGAAAUGUUGCAAGUAA